AUGCUAACCACACCUCCCCACCUAACCACCCUCCGCCCCUCCCCCUCCACAGUCUCCUACACCGUCUCCACCGCCUCUCCGCGCCAGACCUUCCCAUCCCAAUUCCUCCACUACUUCCUCCUCCUCCAGCGGAUCCUGCUCGGGCUCGCAACACUCCUGGUCCUCUACGCCAAAACAUCCAACCCGCCGUCCCCCCCGCUCGCCCCGCUCUCGGAACACCUGGCUCGGUUUCCCUGGGUGCAAGUCGGGCCACUGGCGUUCACGAGUCUGUUCCUCGUGUUUCGGAGAUUCCACACGGAGUCCCUCCUGACGCUCCGCACCCUCGGCAUCCAAACGAGCACCCUCUCCUCCUCCUACCUCUUACCCAGCGAUACGCGAUUCAUACCGACGUCACAGAUCCGGGACAUCUUUAUACAUGAGGCGUUCAGGGGCUUCGAAGUGAGAUAUUACCUUGCGGUGGUGGUGGAGGGGGAGGGGGAGGUUGUGGUUGUGUUUCCGAAUCUACUGCCAGGCAGAGCGAUUGUGGAGGAGGUGUGGAGGGGGGCAAGGGAGUGCUUGUAUGAGCCGAAAGGAUGA